CGCCGAUGGCAACAGAUAAGUAAAAAGUGAGCUCCUCGGACGCACGACAACACACCAACUGAAGUGGAAAGCGGCUCCUGUUCUUCUCUUUAUCCCAUUUCGGGCACUGCGUACAAGGCAGUCCGGCUUCAGACUGCUGCAGGACUGAAUCAAAAGCAACAGCUAAGAAGAUAAUCGCGCCUUUGCCUCUAUCGCCACUAUCAUUAUUCGAUUUUUUUUCUUUAUGACACCAAUUUAGUACCUAACUUACUAUUUUUUAUAGGUGGAAAAGCAAGUCUGUUUUUGUUUUCCGUCUCGAAGAUUAAAUUUAACUAAUGACGGCAGAGGUUCAGCAGCCCCCAGCACAGACUCCUGCCCAGAGCAGCCCGAUGUCUGCUCCGGAGAAGCCACACGGACAAACGGUGGUGAUGGAAACUGCCUCCUCCACUACGAAAACCAAAAAGACAAACGCAGGGAUCCGACGACCAGAGAAACCACCUUAUUCCUACAUAGCUUUAAUAGUUAUGGCUAUUCAGAGCUCUCCAACAAAACGCCUGACCCUCAGUGAAAUAUAUCAAUUUCUACAGAGCCGCUUCCCGUUUUUUCGGGGCUCGUACCAGGGAUGGAAGAACUCCGUGCGUCACAACUUGUCCCUGAACGAGUGCUUCAUUAAGUUGCCCAAAGGCCUCGGUCGACCGGGGAAAGGACACUACUGGACUAUUGACCCGGCUAGUGAGUUUAUGUUCGAGGAAGGCUCCUUCAGAAGGAGACCCAGGGGUUUUAGGCGCAAGUGCCAGGCGCUGAAGCCCAUGUACAGCAUGAUGAACGGCCUGGGAUUCAACCACAUCCCCGAGUCUUACAACUUCCAAGGGAGCGGCGGGGGCCUAUCCUGUCCGCCCAACAGUUUGUCUCUGGACAGUGGGAUUGGGAUGAUGAAUGGACACUUGGCAGGUAAUAUGGAAGGGAUGGGUCUGUCCGGACACUCCAUGUCACACUUGUCGACCAACAGUGGACAUUCCUACAUGGGAAGUUGUACAGGAUCCACUGGGAGUGAUUAUCCCCACCACGACAAUUCCGCCUCCCCUCUGCUCACCAGCGGAGGAGUCAUGGAGCCUCAUCCCGUAUACUCGAGUUCAGCCUCUGCGUGGGCUCCAGCCCCUUCGGCCUCAUUGAAUAACGGGGCUUCCUACAUCAAGCAGCAGCCUCUGUCCCCCUGUAAUCCAGGAGCGAACCCACUGCAGCCAAGUUUGCCCACACAUUCACUAGACCAACCAUACCUGCACCAGAAUGGCCACAGCACCACAGAUUUACAAGGUAUUCCUCGGUACCAUUCCCAGUCUCCCAGCAUGUGUGACCGAAAGGAGUUCGUCUUCUCGUUCAACGCCAUGACUUCCUCAGCCAUGCACUCACCGAGCAGCGGCUCCUACUAUCACCAACAGGUCUCCUACCAGGACAUCAAGCCCUGCGUGAUGUGAUGUCCUCCGUGGGCAGUCUAGAGACUAGAAGAUGGUGUCACAGACUUGAGCCAUGAAGCAAAACGGACUGAAAUGAACAACGAAUGAGUAAACUACCACUGAGAGGCAUGCCCCAGUCCUGGAGAGUGCUCACUGCUUCAAGUAGAUCGGACUACUUCUCUGUGCUGCUACACACAGCGACAGAGACACGGAGACAGGCCAAUUAGAAAGCAACCACAUAAUAAUAUAUAAUAAUAAUUAAAAACAAACUCUUUUAUGCCAUCUUCAUCAUCAUCGACCAGCGGGGUAAAGCGUGGGCGUAAGACACCCUGCUGUUGUUUGGUACUUAGUCCUGCAGAGCGGAUGACUACCACUUCACACUUUUGUUCUUGUGUAUUCAUCUUGUUAAAGUAGGUCAAUGUUUAAAAAAAGAAAAAAAAAAGAGAAAAAAAAUGCACACACUUCCCCGUCUCAUGUUUUUACCUUACUUUUUCUUUUCUUUCCUUUUUUUGGACUUACAUACAAAUGUUAGAUUCUGAGAUGAACAAUUAUGGACGUUACAUAGCCUGUAUAAUGUAAGUCCAUAUACUGUAUACUGUGUAAAAACAAUGACGGCACUUUUUGAAUAACCUAUAAGCGCAACUUUUUUUUUUUUAUUUAUUCUGUAGGCCUAUAUUUUAAUUUCAGGCGAACUGGCCAAGGAGUUAUAUGCUUUAUUGGCAAUAUUUGUCAGAACGCUUAUUAUUUGUUUUAAAAUGAAAAAUUGAGGAUAUAUUGUAAACACUGUUAUGUCUUUUGUGUCAGAUGUAUGUAGACCAUUACUUUCAGCAUUGUAUACACAUUGGUAGAAGAAGGGGGAAAAAAGUCUAGCAAAGGGUCCAUCAGCGAGGGUUUGUCUUUAGACUAUAUUACAACAAAGCAUUAAGAAAUAAAAUAUCUUUUCGGCUCUUUAAGCCGGCAAUUCCACCAAACGAGAUACAUUUCGAUUUUAUCGCACACAGACAAUUUUCGGGGGCGAUGGUCCUGCAAGCAAACAUGCCUUGUAAACAGAUGCGAAGACAGUGAUCCUUAUUGCAUAAUUAACCCCAAAUUAGCUUAUUUAAAGAUGGGAAGCUUUUUUUGUGUGUGUGUCCAAUUAUUCAGCAGCCUUCUCGUGUAAAUAUAUAUAAUUGCAAUUCAUUAAUGUAAAGCGAUGGUUCGUUUAUAUGGGGUUUAAAGCACAACCGGUACCAUCGGUACUACAGACAGUUGUCACUGUGGUGCAGUUAGGUCUUCUAUUUUAAGCAAUUACUGCAGCAGUUUGUUUUAACCUACAGUUGGUGAUGUCUAACUUUGAAAAUUAGCAUUAUUAGAAGAAACUAAACUUUUCCCAAUCCAUUGGUCGACCGAUGAACAUUAACAGUCACUGGUUUGAAAGGUUAAUCGAAACAUGUCUUCGAUCUGUUGAGAGUGUGCAGCAGUUAAGGCGUAACAAAUCCGAGGCAGAGAUCUCACCCGCGUCUGGUUACAGGGUGAAAACCUGCAGCAGUCCCGUUGCUCUGGCAGUGAGCCAGUUGUUUUCCUCAGAAGCAUUUGUCCAAAGAACAUUUCUUGCCAUGGUGGAAAUACAAUAAAUUGUGCUGACCUAAUUUAACCAACAUAACGUUUGUAAUAAAUAGUUUUGGAGUGUUCCGCAAAAUGCGUAAUUAUACAACAGAAAAUGGGCGUAGGAAAAUUAAAAACACAGAAAAAAGUAGGGCCGAUUUUUUCAUAAAGAGGAACAUCUUUAUUUGUCAUCCAAAAUGAGUUGUUUUUGUUACAUAUAAUAGAAAUACCAAUCAUGCUUUAUACUGCAAAGAUACAAAAAUAAUAAGCAGUUAAAAGUACUCAUAAAUAAUACGCAUAACGUGUAUUGUACUGUGUAAAAUCCUGGUUGUCUUAUCUCAGUCAAAAUAUUUUAAUUUUACAGAUGCUAAUUAUUAUAAAGGGACACGAUUUUUUUUUUCUUUAUCAGAUUUCUGAUCCAUUAAUUAUAACAGUUGUUUUUCGACAUUCACAAACACGCAUGGUUGUGCGGCUUAAAACCAAUUUGGCAUUUUUUUUUUUUUUCAUCUGAAUGACCGCAAAUCAUUAAAAAAAAAAUAAAUCUGGACCUCGUUUCUUAUUUUAAAUUUCCUCAAGUUUCAAGCAACAUUUAUGGCGUUUAAAAAGGUGUUCCUAAUGUAAGAGUAUGGCGGGUACAAUCUAUUUAGCGCAUCAGCACAGUCAGUGCAGAUUAAUCCGAUGCUCAUGCUUGUGAUUUAGAUUAAGUAAACCGACUGUGGUUUGAGGCCUUUUGUUAUCUUCUUUAAUCUUGAUGGUUAAGUCAUGUUUGCUGAUGUUUGUGUGUACACAUACAUCUUUACAAGGGGAUGUAACAUGCUCCACGUUGAUACGCUUUGCAAUCUCACCACAUGACCACUGACUGAACCCCAGUAAAACGAGCAUGCCAUUGAGCACAGGGGUAAGCAGGCUUAACAGCAGUGGAACAGAGCAUUAACAAACUGAUGACAUUUGCCAAGGUUCAGUGCUCUGGAGGGCUGAGGGAGAGAGAUGGCGUUCCACAGCUGUUCCCUGGCCAGGCCUGGAUGACAGCUCCAUAAAAAGCCAGAGGCCUGUACUGUGCAGACAGACACACUGCUUGUGUCCCAAGCCUGCCAAGACUUUAGUGCAAACAGGACAUCUAUGGGUUAAUUUCUUAGGUAAUGGCAGUGCAGCUACAGAGACAGGUGUAAACAGAAAAAAAUAGUCAUCAGGCAAGUUAUCUAGCACUCGGGUUUACAGAAGUUUGAAGGUAAUGUUAACAGACACAUUUUCCAAACCGAGAAUAAGAAAAAUGUCACUCCGCAAAAACAAAUUAAUCUUUUAACGUUUUCUUUAAGUUUUGUGAACAGCUUAAAACUAUUUAAAGUUUACAAGCUGACAUUUUAUAUGUUACAACUGGGUGAAACAUCAAGUUUUGUGAAAAUCCAAUAAUGGGCCUGAAAUAUCAUAUUUAACCACUAACAACAUAGUUCUGCCUCUUCAUGAGAACGAUGGUUUGAGGUGGUGGGGAACUUCAGAGUCGGAUCUCCAAUCACUGUAAUUUCUUAAAUUCUGCAAAACCUUGUGAACAUUUAUAAUCCCUCAAUUUUCUUUUUUGUUUGUUUUUCAUAAAAAGACACUCAGUGUUAACAGGUACAGUCAAAAUGCUUUAGUGAAGAAUUAAGUAAAGUCACGUGAAGCAAAUUUAUCUAAUAGUCACUCUUUCACUGGCCGAACCACAACCAAAUACAAUGAAUAAAUUGGUAUUUAGUCACUAUAAUGGUGCAAAUAUAACUGUACAAAUGAACGCCAGCAAUCUAUGAAAAAACAAAAACAAAAAACAGAACAGCAGCAAUAGAGGCCUUUAGCUCUUCCCCUGUUUAUUGUUGUAAUCCGCCUGAUUCAGAACUUCAUGGUUAAAAAAAAAGAAGAAAAGAAAAUCAUACAAUAGUAGAGACUAUCCAAUAAUCCCGUGUUAUGUACAAGAAUCAAUUAAGUCAAGAAAAUCAUAACUAAGUCACGGUUAUUUGUGAACUCAUA